CUCUGCAGCAAGGACCAGUCGCCCUCAACUGCAGGAAUGUGCUCCCUCCCCAUGGCAAGAUACUACAUAAUUAAGGAUGCAGAUCAGAAGGCUCUGUACUUAAGAGGUGACCAGCUCCUGGUAGGAGAUCCCAAUGUGGACAACUGCUGUGCAGAGAAGAUCUGCAUACUUCCCAACAGAGGCCUGGACCGCACCAAAGUCCCCAUCUUCCUGGGGAUCCAGGGAGGCAGUCGCUGCCUAGCCUGUGUGGAGACAGGAGAGGGGCCUACCCUGCAGCUGGAGGAUGUGAACAUCGAGGAUCUGUACAAGGGUGGUGAAGAAGCCACGCGCUUCACCUUCUUCCAGAGAAGCUCGGGCUCAGCCUUCAGGCUUGAGGCCGCGGCCUGGCCUGGCUGGUUUCUCUGUGGUCCAGCUGAGUCCCAGCAGCCAAUACGACUUGUCAAGGAGAGUGAACCAUUGGCCCACAUUGAACUCUACUUUGAACAGAGUCGGUAG